AUGUAUUGCUCCAACGUGCAGGCGCUGGCGGGUGACGCAGUUUUUCCAAACGUGUUCAGUUUGUCGAAGAGCGAAACAGACGACGAUAAGAAGCACAAUACGGCGACCUCUAGCGGAGGAUCCGCCGGUAGCCACAAGAAGAAGGCCCAUGGCGACCAGCCGCCCCCGGAGCCGACGUCGCCACCGCCCCCUGCCGCCAGCAGUGCCCAACAAGGUUCCGAUCUAGACUCGUCUGUCGAGCGCAACCACCUGAUGAAGAAAGUCUACCCGAAGCUGCAGCUGUACUGCGCCGAGCGAGGCUGGGAGUUGCACAUCGUUGACCUGCACCAGGGUCUGGUAUCCGAGCUCUCCCACGUCUCAUACAUGCAGCGCUGCUGCCUAGACGAACUCGCCAGCUGCCAGCAGCAUCCGUACAUCUUCGUACUAUUCUUGAAUGACCUUUACGGAGUAACAAUCCCGCCGAGCAUCGAGGCAGACGACUUCCAACAAAUGCUCGCCGCAGCAAAGGACCCGGAACAGGCGGCCAUCUUGAAUAAGUGGUACACGGCGGAUGCGGUCGUGAUGCCGGCGACGGUGGAGAUCAACAACAAGGAGCGUCUAGAGUUGAAGGAGUCGGCCAUCUUGCUUGCUGCUCUGUUUAACGCGAUGACGGCGGUGCAGCGUGACAAGUACAUGUGUUCAGUAAUGGAACAGGAGGUGCGACGCGGGAUCCUGCAUGAUAACUUCGAUCCGGAUACGGUUCUGUGGGUGAACCGCACGUUCAGCGGAUUCCCGCACGACGUCGCCGCACACCCGAACUGUUGCGACUACGCCGACGCCGCCGCCGCCGACGGUGACGCCGACGUGGUGCGCUUCGUGCGAGACCGACUGAGCAUGCUCAAGAAGCAGGUGCACCACCGUCUGUUGAUGAAUCGUAGUAACGUGCUGCGCCACCAGGUGGAGUGGCACGAGCGGCAUGGCGUUUGUCCGGAAAAGGUUCCAGAACAUGGUGCUUACGUUGAGAAGAUGUGCGCGCAGUUUGAGGAGAGCGCGCAGAGGGUCGUAGACAAGAUAGUACGCAGUCGGCAGGAGAAGGAAGAAGACAAGCCUUUCAAAAGAAUCACGGACAAGCUGCAUCAGGAUCUGGGCAACAGUCACAGCUACUGCAAGUCGCUGCUAGAGAGCUACGUGGAGUGGCCGGCACCGCUGCAACACGUCGAGAACUACACGAAGAACGCGCACACGACGCAGCCGCUGGUCGUGCACGGCCCGCGAGGAAGCGGCAAGGGCGCACUGCUAGCAAAGGUUGUGAGCCGGUGUAGUCAGUGGCUCAGCGACUGCAUAUGCGUGUUCCGCUUCGUGAAGGCGUCGCCUGGCUGCAGCCUCGGCGACACACUGCGCAGCAUCUGUGAGCAGCUUGCCAUCAUCUACGGCCUGCCGAGAGGCUGGCAAGUGAAGGAACCGUUUGGCGAGAUCAUGCGGAGACUUCCGGGUGACCGGACGUUGAUCAUCCUGGUGGACGGGAUCGACGAGUGUCGGCCGUACGACGACAUCCGGGGCGUUGACUGGGUUCCCGUCACACUGCCGACCAAUGUCAAGGUCAUCGUCACCGUCGGCGAUGACACGAGCUGCAUGGCCGAGCUUCAGAAUCGUUUUUCCGAUGCCGCCUGCUACUAUCAGAUGCCGCCCGUCACCCAGCAGGUCGCUGAGUCCGUGUUUCGAACUGUCGCGCAGGCGUGCGGUCGAACGAUCAGCGACAAGCGCGCCGACGAAACCCUGGCGGCCGUGCGCGCCUGCACGUCGCCGCUGCACGUGCAGCUGCUGUCGCGGCUCGCGUGCGUCUCCCGCGACGACGACGUCGCUCGCUGCGUCGGCGGGACCCUCGACGAGCAGAUCGUGAAGGCGAUCGACGACGCGGGGCGGAACGCGGCGAGUGCGUCGCUCCUGCGUCAUGCGCUCGGCUACCUGCUAUUGGCGCGCGACGGCGUCUCGCACGCCGAGCUGCUCGACCUGCUGUCGUGUGAUAACACCGCCCUGGACUCUGUCGCCGCCGCCGCCGCCGCCGACCCGGCCGUGCGUCGCUUCCCGCCGCUGCUGUGGGCGCGCCUCGCCGCCGCUCUUGAGCCCUACCUACUGACGAACGUCAUCGGCGGUCGACAGCUGCUGCGGUUGCGGCAUCGCAGCAUGGCCGACCUGCUGCGCGCGAGGCAUGCCGCCGACGACGUCGAUCUAAACGCGCCGCUGCGCGAGUACUUCAGCGGCAGGUGGGCGAACGGCGCGGAGAAGCCGGCGGCGGCGGCGGGCAAGAAGAAGGGCACCGGGAGCGACCGCUGCGUCGCCGCGCAGCCGGAGAAGUUUGCCGACAGCGUCUACAAUAGUCGCCGACUGACUGAAUUACCUCACGCAGCGCACGCCUGCGCUUCUGACGACGCCAGCGCCGCUGAAUACCUGUUUGAUGUGAACUGGCUUCUUGCCAAGCUGCACGGCUGUGACGUACAUCAGGUCAUCCAGGAUGUGAUGUUGGCCAUUGCCAAGGCUCACGGGGACCAAGACCUGCAGCUUCUCCUUGAGGUUCUGCGGCUUUCCUCUCACGCGCUCGAGAACGACCCGUCGCAGCUGUUCGUGCAGCUCGGCAUCCGCCUGAACAAGCUCAUGUCGGACAGUGCGGACGCCGCGUAUCCGCGCAUGCGCAAACUCUACGAGGCCGUGACCGCCGAAGAUCGCGACUACUUCGAGCCGUCGGCGCUCGAGUGCCUGUUGUCGCCGCGCGCCGACACUGCUGCCGACGACACUGCCGCCGCCGCUGCCGCCGACGGCAAACGCGGCGUCGUCGUGUCGAGCAUCUAUCGCCUCAAGGCGACCAAUAAAUUCAUGGUGUGCUUGCUGUACGAGCGCGGUGAGAUUCACGUGUGGGACAUGCACGCGUGCGCCGUCGUCCGCACACUGCGCGGCCUGAGCGCACCGCGCGACACCAAGUUCAUUGAUGACUUGAAGGCGGUCGUGCUGUGCAAUCGCGAGCUGAAGAUCUACAAUCUGGACACGGGCGAGAUGGAGGUGAAGCUGAAGGGCAUCAUGAAUCAGAAGAUGCCCUUCUACGAACUGCACGACCAGAACCACGUCGUGUCGAUGUCGCGCAAUCGCAUGUACAUACACGUCAUACAGAUAUCGACGGGCGACACGCAGUCGACGUUCAAGGCUGGCGAAGACAGAUUCCUGAACUCGUUGACGGUCAGUUCGAACGGCCAUUACCUGGUCUGCGGCGACGAGACGCAGAAACCGACGCCGCUGCUUGUGUGGGACCUGAACAACCGCAAGCUGAUCUACGACCUGCGCAUCAACAACCACGAGUUUCAGACGAAGAUGCUGACGGUCAGCAGCGACGGACAUUUUGUCGUCUGCGCAUGCAAGGAGGUCAUAUCAGAAGAUGCGAUCAAUAACGUUGUGAUAUACGAUCUGACUACCGGAACCGUUUUCAAAAAAUGGAAGCCGGGAUACAACACAACGGCGAUCGCCAUUUCCUCGGAGGCCGACUGGGUGACCACUGCUCUCGACAACGGAAACAUAUUGCUGUGGGAUCUGACCACCGGCACCUGCAAGUUCACGAUGAAGGGUCAUUAUAGCGCCGUGGAUAACCUGAUCGCCUCCACGGAUGGAUCGCGACUGCUUUCCUACGACUCGACGGGUUUCGACAGAAGCGUCCGGCUCUGGGAUCUGAAUACAGGGAAAUGCCUUGGAGCGUUAACGUUGGACGACAACAUCGUGAGUUGUCAGUUGUCGCCCGACGGAUCGAUGGUGGCGCUGGCGUUGCCGGGCUGGGAGAACGUGCUGACACUACGACUGCGCAAGCAACCACUGCAACCCGACACGGAAUCAUACGGCAGCCCCGACCGCGCAGAGAAUGUGUACACCGUAGCGGAGUAGCGCCCGCCGCUCGCCACUCCGCGACCUUUCGUUCAUCCACAUCGUUGCUUUGUUGCUAAUCACCUCCGAGGUUUGACGCGCGCCUUGUUUUCUGAAACUAGACGGGGAUUUGUGGAGGCGGUAGUUACCGCUUGGUGGCCCCCCAAAGCGUGCAGAACGCAAGGGUCUGUCACGACGUCAAGCAUUAUUAGCAGGAAGAUGGGUUUUACUGUCUCGGAAGCAGAGAGGGCCCAGUGACACCAGGUUUGCAAACGCGUGGCAUUACGUGUUAUUUUGAUGAAAUCGUGUGAAACAGGCCAUUACCGAUGGGCAUUACUCAAGUGCAGUUGCGCUAGGCAGUUCGCCAGCGUAAUAAAAACUUGACCGAAUGCCAUACCGAAUUCGAAACGUUUGGCGCAAACUGCCGCAAUGACGCGUGAUGUUAUCCGAAGUGGAGUUCCAAGUUUGGAAAUGUUAUCUAAAAUUCUAUGGUCUUACUCUUGACACCUUGUUGUGGGUGAGAAGUGGGGCGCCAUGCCACUGCUUAGCUUGUCGUGUGCACCAGCAACGACAGCAGUAGGCGCCGAACGCCGCUAAUAUCAGUACGUCACGAGUACUACACAUCCGAUCAAUCCACCGUUCGAUCAGAACGCGGGUGAUCGAUCAGGUGAUAUUAAGAUGACGAUUUCCGUUCAAGCCACGCGUUUACGCGUAGCGCGUCACCGGAGCGUAUUGUGUGGCACCGUGGAGCGUUGCGUGUCACUGGAGAGCAUUGUGUGGCACCGUGGAGCGUUGCGUGUCACUGGAGAGCAUUGUGUGGCACCGUGGAGCGUUGCGUGUCACCAUAGAGUAUUGUGUGGCACCGUGGAGCGUUGCGUGUCACUGGAGUGCAUUGUGUGGCAUUGUGGAGCGUUGCGUGUCACCAGAGAGUAUUGUGUGGCUCCGUGGAGCGUUGCGUAUCACUGGAGAGUAUUGUGUGGCUCCGUGGAGCGUUGCGUGUUACUGGAGAGUAUUGUGUGGCACCGCAGAACUUUGCGUGUCACCAGAAAGUAUUGUAUGGCACCGCAGAGCGUUGCGUGUCACCGGAGAAUAAUACGUGUCACUAUAGAGCGUUAACGUAUCACCACAGAGCGCUACGUGUCACUAGAGUGUGUUACGUGUCACUAGAGAGUGUUACGUGUCAGCAGAUAGUGUGGUACGUGUCACCAAAAAGUGUUAUGUUGUAACAUUUACCUGUUAUCGUAGUUUUAACAAUAGUUAUUAGAUAAAUAUGUAUGUAUGGUUUGAAAAAGAUUUCCCUUGCAGAAGUGCUUUCUUACUUAGCUAUCCCAUACCUGCUUACAUAUAUAUAUAUAUAUAUAUAUAUAUAUAUGUAUCUGAGUGUAAAAAAUAGUUUCCAGUGACGUAUAGGUUACAGCUACGUGAGCCUUUAAUGUAAAGACGCAGUUAUAAACAGAACAACAAAAACAACAACAAUCAAAACAACGAUAACAACAACAACAACAACAACAAUAAACAGCACCAAUAACAGUCUGUGUAGGUUGGGUUUAAGACGUUCAGAUAAGGUCUCAACAUGUUUUUUUCGAAUGUUGGAUAAUUCAUAUUUAUCCGUUGUAAGUAGUUAAAAAAAACUUUUCGGAUUGAUUUAUGUGAAUGUACGUACAAACCGCUAGAUUUCAGGAAACCAUUCAUACACGCAGCUGUCAUUUCGUGCAAAGUAGCGCUAUUUGACAUCAAACGUAUUCACGUAUGCUCGCACGCACGCACGCACGCAUCAUCGCACGCACGCCCGCACGCACGCCCGCACGCACGCCCGCACACGCUUGCCUUGGUCCGCACCUAUGCCUUCCCGCACGCAUGCCCGCACGCAUGCCCGCAUGCAUGCACGCAUUCACAGACGCAUGCGCGCCGUAGGUACGACCGCACAUAUAGAUCGCGCGCACGCAUGCCCGCAUACACGCACGCAUUCACAGACGCGAGUACGCAUCCCCGCACGCACGCCUGCAUGGACGGACACGCGCA